GUUUUUUUUGCAGGUGGCAGGGGUGGGGGCAUGUUCUGAUAUUCACUUGCCCAGCAGCCCUCUGAACUUGUAAAUCCAGGAGCAAUUCAGCCAUUUCUCUAGACUAGACCUUGGUUGUGGAUAAUAAAGGUUUAACUGCAACAUUUUUAAACUUCUAAGAGCUAGUAGCCCACAAAAAUAUUUAUCAGCUUGCCUUUUCAUACAUGUCCAUGGUUAAUUAUUUGUGAACCAGGCUGCCCCUUAACAUUUCACAAAAGCUUCUUGCUUGUCACAGGUGACCAGAUAUUGACAGACUCCAGGUCAGAUGCUUCCCUACAGACUUCUUAUCUCCUUUCGUUUGGUGGUAGAAUACAAAGCAGUCAUCGUGGGAGGUCAGGAAGUGCUCGGGGCAUUCAAUUUUAGACUGGACUGCAAGACAACGUGAUCUGUCACUCUUUUUUGUCAGUUGGACAACAAUGGAGACUCUGUCGCAGGACACUUUACUGGAAUGUCAGAUUUGUUUCAAUUACUACAGCCCACGACGGAGGCCCAAGUUACUAGACUGUAAACAUACCUGCUGUUCUGUUUGCCUUCAGCAGAUGAGGACCAGCCAGAAGGACCUGAGGUGCCCAUGGUGCCGAGGCAUUACUAAACUACCACCAGGGUUUUCUGUCUCUCAGCUGCCAGAUGACCCAGAGGUCAUUGCUGUGAUUGCAAUACCCCACACCUCAGAGCACACUCCAGUCUUCAUCAAACUACCUAGCAAUGGGUGUUACAUGUUGCCCUUUCCUGUCUCCAAGGAGAGGUCCUUAUUGCCAGGAGACAUUGGCUGUCGCCUUCUUCCAGGCAGCCAGCAGAAGUCUCUCACUGUGGUGACAAUCCCAGCCGAGCAGCAGCCAUUGCAGGCUGGGAUCCCGCAGGAGGGAGGGGACGAGGAGCAAGAUAGGAGGGGCAUUGUGAAAAGUUCCACCUGGUCAGGGGUUUGCACCGUCAUCCUAGUCGCCUGUGUCCUGGUUUUUCUUCUUGGCAUUGUGCUCCACAACAUGUCAUGUAUAUCCAAGCGUUUCACGGUGAUCUCCUGUGGCUGAAAGGAGGCUGCAGUGGCAGUACUCAUGUGGGCCAAUUUUGGGGGUUUGGGAGGGUGGCUAUAACGGUGGCAGGAUGCCAUGAGAUGAAGCGCUGUCAUAUGGACUGUUCUACAGUACUGAGUCAUUAAAAUCAGGCAAGCUGGAUGAUUGUCCAGAGUCUGCUGUAAAAAAUAGGACAGUGACACCUGUUGGUAGAGUAUGGAGCAUGUCCAAUGCUUAUCCGCUGGUAACUGUAUCAAGGAAGACUGCAUGCAUCACCAUAAUCACUUAACAAAUGAGCUGUAAUUUAUAAUGAUUUCAUCAUGCUAUGAAAUUAAGGAUGUCUAUUUAGCUGGUUCUACUGUACAAAUAUAGGACAUGAUCUCUCUUUCUCUCUUGUAGUAAAAUUACAAAUCAAAAUGCUGUAUGUUCAAGUAGAAUUAAACAUUGGAAUUAAGAAAGUCAAACUACCCAGUACUUUUCCAGACGUAGCAAAAACAUAACUCUCUCUUUUUAAACAGCUGUGAAAAGUAAACUAGUUGUUUAGUCAGUAAGGCUUUUUGUAUCUUUUAAAUUGCAUAAUAAAUAAAAUGUUUUUUUUUUAAA